AAUUCUUCAGCAGAACAAAGAAGUGAAAGUGAAGGGGAGGAUUCCUUUAUCAAUGAAUCUCUUAUUUCACUGAGUAGUGCUAGCGAGUAUCUACAUCAAGAGAGUGUCGAACCUUUGGCGACAAAAAAGGCUCUAUUAGAUGAGUCUGUGAGUGGAAAGGAGAAUGGGGAGACAGACAAAAACCUCUUUGAUAAUCUCGCAACAAAUACAGGAUGUUUCGAUCAAAUGAGUGCAAACAAACCAACGCACCAUAGAAAAAUGGUGGAGGCAGUGAUAUCAGUGUCACAAGAAGUGUCUCAUCAUGACUGCUGCAUCGAGCAAGUUAUUCUCAAUAAGUCUGACUUUGCAUAUCCGGCCACGGAUGUGCAAAAUUACAAGACUGAGAAGGUGUUUCGAGUCAAGGGAGAUCCUAACUUCCCAUGGAGUGGUUCUGCUUCAAUGACACAAAAUGAUGAACGAAGAAGACGGGUCAAACGAACAUCCGGUAGCAGCUCUGUCUUGACAGUCAACGUAGAUUUAAUCGCCUCACCGGAGAUUAAAAUCCGCGUUGACGAGGCAGAAUUGGAUCCAUUGCUGCACCCGCUUGGUAGUAACCUAAAUGCUGGAAUAACCACUAAGGAUGUAGCUCGAGAGCUAAGGCAGAGCUUCCGAGGAAUUAUUCUGACAAUACGAUCCCGUCUUAGCUCUGAGAAAGGCAUUAUAUGCCGGAAUUCCACAAAAGCUCUGGGUGCUGCCCUCAUGCAAUGUGUUGAGCAGUUUGUACACAUAGUGGACGAUCGGGUUAUGCGUUAUAAGUGGCUGGAAGCCUGGGACAGGGGCUGUCUACUGCGGCUCAAAGCGGACUUUAUACGCUACCUGUAUGAAGCUUUUCCAGCUAAUUUGACCUACCAGCUGAAGUGUCAAGAAGCCUACAAAUGCGCGAGGCUCUUCUUCUUGGAGAAUGGUUUACAAGAUAAGGCCGAGUGGGUCUAUCUCCAAAUGAACUAUGCCACUUUCCUUUACAUGUUGGGUAAUAGAAGUACUGCUCUAUUUAUAAACGAAAGACUAAUCAACUCUCUGAUUGUUCGCCGAUGUGGAAAAGCUAUUAAGGCAAAACUGCAGUUGAAUCUUCAGUUUUACAGCAAACCGUGGUAG